GUAACCGGAACGUGUACUUGUUGACGCCACCUGGUCCGGUCUCUCCACCUUGACGCUCAGGUAAACGGAUUCGUUGGAAAACUUUGAGGAAGCUGCAGGUUUCGUGGAGCGGAGUCGCUGUAAGGGACUUGGAGGAUGGUUUAAAAUCCAGACGUCUUUAAUGUAGAAGUCGGGGGAGACGACAUUGACCAGGGAGCGAGUCUGUGGACGAUUCUGCCCCUCCAAAGUGUAUGCAGACCUCGGAGCCAGUAAGUCAUGUCUGCUGAGAGCACUGGCAGUCCGAGGCACAGCUCAGGGCGUGGUAGCUACAGGCACAGAGCGAGCCAGAGCAGCAGCCAGAGGUCGUCAUACGAGGAGCGCUGUGUGGACCCGGUGGAAGAGAGGCCGCCAAGCCCAGAGCCCAGGACCAUCCACAAAGCUCACCUGAAGGACGCAAAUCGGAAGGAGUCCGAGACCAUUGGCUUCAUUCCUGGCUCCGCCGACCAUUCCCCUUCGGCACAGACCUGCAACCCCUGCACCUCUCCGGGGAGCUGCAGGACCUUCAUAUGCAGCGUGCUCACCUGCGGCCUGUACAGGGUCUGCCAGGGUUCCACUCUUGCUCCGUGCCUUGUGCCAAACGAGAGCUCUCCAGAUGAGCCAGAGAAGGUGAGCCUCCAAAGUGUGAGCCCAGGAGACAACAAAGAGGAGGAUCACACAGAUUGGCUUGGGGAUCUCCACAUCGCUGGCGUCAAAGUGGACAGUCCAAGGGAGUAUUUAGAGGUCGAACCCGUGUUUCUGGCCGGUGUUCAAACACAGCCCGGCAAUCCGUCCCUGCAUGAGUCCAUGAGGUUCGACGACUGGGAGGAGGGCACAGAGGACCUGGACUCUCUUAUUGCUAAAAAGUUGCUGGAGCUCUACUCUGAAUAUCAAAUCGACGAGCUGGCGAGGUGCACCUCAGACUCUGUGUUUCUGAGGAAGAGCAAGGACAUCAAUCAGCUCAUCAACUCGCUGGCAGAGGAGCACAAAAUGGACGAGCAGGAAGCGGAGUGUCGGCUGGUGCGUGGCAUCAUCCGCAUCAGCACCCGGAAGAGUGGAAGGAAGAGGCCGACCCCGUCCAGGGUGGAGAGGACACUGUCGGACAGCGGGAAUGAGACAAUGAGGGAGAGCGAUUCCUUGAGAUUCAGCAACAACAAUGACUACAAAUCAAAUCCAAACAUCCAAAUAUCCGAACUGACCUCCUCUGACAAGUGUGCCAGGGAGAUGUGGAGACACAAUGGAGGUCAUACAUCUAGCUCAGCCUACUCGCCCUCUCGCACUGAGACUAGCUCCUCCGGUGUCUCAAUGAUUGGCUCCUCUGUGAGAACAUGAUUCCUGCUCCAAGCUGCUGGUCUAUGCUUGAAUAAUUUGUCCUGCUGUGUCCACAAGGUCAGUUAUGAGACAUUGAAAGGAGACACUACUUGCACAGGAGUCACUGGCUGAGCCAAGCUCUUUGAAGAGAUCAUGGUUUUUCAGUGGAAAAAGAAAAUGUGAAAAUUCACAUUGUCUUGAAGGAUUUUAAGUGAACUCAGGGCUCUGUGUGUCGAUAUUUAUGGUUGAUGAAUGUUAUGUGUAUAUUUGAAGGAUUGCUUGAUGGAAAUCACCAGCAGCUUUUGAAGUAGUUGUGUUCUUGACUCUUAUCUGCUGGUUAGAUUAUUGUGCUGUUAUGCAAAGAACAUUUAAAUUUAGUUCUAUAAAAAUGAAUUGAAGAGUUGUGUUUUUCACAUCAUCAUUGUAGAUUUGAUUGUGCACAUUUGUGUGUUGGAUUUUAAGCUGUACUCUUGAUUCGUUUUAUAAAACCUAUUUACAGCUGGUAAUUCUACAUUAUGAUCAGAAAUUAUGCUUUUCAUAAUUUGACAAAUUUCUAUUUGAAUUGAACAGUAAAAGUCUCAAGAAGUAAAAUUGAAAUAAUGAAGUGGUUGUAUUUGGCCUGAAGAAAAAUACAGUUUUAUAUCACGGGCCAUAAAUGAUUUGCGUGUCUGGUACUACACUACAAAUAAGAAUGUGUUUUUAUUGUAAAUUGUGAUCUAAAAACAAACAGGGGGGAAAACCUGUCAAUGAAGGGUUCACCUCAUUUGCUUUUUGCAGAGAUUUAAUUGAGAAGAUUAAUACUGCUCUGAUGUCUUUACGCUAGAAGGAAUUGGCAAUGACAGCCAAUUAGCUUAGCUUAGAAUUUAGACUGAAAAUAGAUGGGAAUACCAGCUUGGAUCUGUCCAAAGGUAACAAAUUUGGCCGAGCUAAACCUCUUUACAUGCAUUACUUUCUUUAUUCAUUAACUCGAAAAAAUUUAAAAACGAUUUUGGGUCAUUUCUUUACCAUAACCUAUGCAGCUCGGUUUUUUGAAAACAAUGUUAUGAGAUGUUUUUAGUGAGGUUAAAGCUGCUGUGGAAGGUUUUUCAAAAGCGGCGUCACCCACGUAGAAGACACAGACUUCAAGGUGUCAAGAGAGUUUGCGGUGAUAAGAGCGGUGUCUGGGUGCUGUGAAGAAACAGCAGUGGAAUUAAUAUUUUACUUCCUGCCUCAGCCUGCUCCACCUCUCACCUGAAUAAUCUGGAGGUUUCGAUGCUGUUGUUAACGUGCCUGUGCAGAGAACCUCCUGCGGUGUUGUGCACGUGUGAAAGGCAAGGUCCGGGUAAAACCCCGACCAAAUUCUCUGGACUUUACCCCCAAGUCAUGUCUGAAAACGGUUUGACAUGACAUCUGCCGCUAGCUGGGCUAACUGAAUUUGAAACAGACAUGUUGCUGGCUCAUGCUACACAAUAAACCAGUUCUGCUAGCAAUUACAUGAUGGCCAAACCGCUGACUGCCUAGGCACCUCACAACUUUAAAGUAGAACCAUGCUAACCAGUCGUGUUGUGAUUGAAACUCAGUCAGCCACUCCUCCUCGCUCUUAUUGGUGAUUUAGUUACAGGACAGUUGGAUUCUCCCAAAUGUAGUACGAGCUCUAGGUGGAGCCAGAGGAGCCAGAUUAUGUUUUGAUACUACCUGCCUCGUGUUUUAGAUAUGAUACCAACAAUUUUAGCACAUGUGACAAAAAGUUUAUGUUUGUAAAUGUUCCCUACUGCACCUUUAAAAAGUGCUGGUGGGCAUUUUAAUCUUUGGCCAUAUCUAGCUCUACCCUGUGUUUUUUUGCCUCUAUGCCCCUUAACAACUUAUUUCCUAAAAUUCAUUAUUUUUUUGGUUAUUAUUUGCUUAUAUCUACGAGAACCAAAAAAGUAUGUUGGCUUUGUCAAAAUAAGUUUUUUUUAUUUCCAUUGUGGCUUUUAUGUUGUGUGUUAAGUGUAGUGCAUAGUGUUGUUAUAUUGUAACAUGAAGUUCAUAUGAAGUAGAUAGCUGUUAAUGUGUGAUACUGUUUUUGGCUUUGUGAGCUGCAGCUGUACUUCAGGUUGUGUCAAGGACUAUAACCUACUGUACCAGGCGGUCUCACGAGGUGAAGCCUGUUUUUCAUACCAAUACGCUUUGCUGUGUUUGCUCCUGGAUCCUGGUGGGAAUUUGUCCAGGUGACUCAAGGGGAUUUUUCUUCAGCACUGUGUGGCAGUCUUAUCAGCAUUAGUUUAUGGUCGCUGCUGGGCAUGGACCUUACAGUAACGGCUUCAAUUAAUACACAUGGGAAGCUUGUACACUUAUUCUAAAAAUAACUACAUUUUAAAAUGUCAGUGUAAGGAAUAUUGAACUAUUAUUUGUCUUGAGGUAACAUGGUCCAAGAUGCUUGAAAUAAGUCAAUGUCAUGAUUUGGCUGCAACAUCAGUUUUGUUAUAAUUAGGGAUGCACCGAUUUAUCGGCCGAACAUCGGUAGCGGCCGAUAUUCGCCUCUUUUACUGAUAUCGGCUUAUCGGUAAUAAACUUGACUUUCACCGAUAUCAUUGGCGGAUGUUCAUAUUUGUGGUAAAACCGCUGGGCACGUGCCGCGGCUGGGGGAGCAGUCCCUCCGUCGCCCUCCUCUCCGCGCCGC